AAGGCGGGACGAAAACAAACAUGGCGACUGGUGUUGAUCUGCAGAAAGCAGUCCGUCAGCUUAUUUCUUCAGUCACUUCUCCUCCCAGCGGCUCUCAGAGCAAAGUCCUCUCACUCGAGGAUGCUGUGGCUAACCUUGAAACCACUGAUGAAAAUUUCCACAGCUAUGAUCUAGUAAAGUAUGUUCAUGGUCAGAUUGAGUCAGUCGUUGAUCCACUGAUCGAUGAAAGACUAAAGAAACAUGGCGGACUAUCACACGGAGAAGAACACGAUAUAGUAGCUCUCAUUACUGACGAUAUACUGACAUCUCCUGAGUAUACUGAAUUAUGUCAGAGUACAGUCUGUGAAGUUAAAGAUUCUGUUGAUCUACUGUUACAUUCAGAUAUUCCUGAUUCCAAUGACUUAUCAUCUAACGCCACCUCAUUAUCAGGUGGUUCCUCAAGAACCCAGUACUACCCACUGGAUGACAGCGACACUUCAGAACUCUCCUCACUAAAGGAGACUGGUCUGUUCUUCAUACCUCAUGAUCAUUUGAUAGAUAUCACUGACCAAUUGAAACCUAAUAGAACCAACGAAGUUCGUUUAGGAGCUCUUCAACAACUCCACCAGUUCCCACCUGGGGAUUUGCCUCAGUGUGACACGUGGUCUUCAUUAUCUUCGUCUCUUGAGGAUUGUAUAAUGUCUGACUGUAACUCGCUUGCUGAUUCAUCUCUUAAGCUGUUGUCUCGCAUGUUUGAUUCCACUACCUCAUACAAAGCAAGGGAGGUAUACAGGAUAUUGCUCUGUGGCCUCGUUACAUAUUUCAGGGGUCCUGGAAAGGCCAAUAUUGAAACUGGUCUGGACCCCUCGACUGAGACCAAUACAAAAUUGCUACAGAGACGACGAUACAUUGAAGACAAGUUGAUUGAUAAUUUAUUAAAUUUUGCUGGAACGCCAAAGGGUAUUGAACUGUUAGAAGGUUCCGGUUUAAUUGGCGAAUGUAUUAAUCACAUGAGACGCAGAUACCAGCUGAAAUUACAAGUGAGCCAGUGUGAGAAGUUUGGUUAUGGUUACAUGGUGUCAGAAGUAGCAUCUACCUCAACUGGAAUAACCCAUUUAAUUAACAGUGGGUAUGUAUGUGAUUUGGUUGAUGAUCUCUGGGUAUUAUUGAAUGGAUCGAUGUCUUGUGAUGUGGAUGUGAUAAAGAGAGAUCCAUUUGAUCCAGCAGAUAGAGUCAUGUACAAAUCCAUUAUUAACAUUCUUAAUGUCAUCUCAUCUUAUCCUGCCUUUCAUAAAUCACUCUUGAGUAAAGCUCCUCCCAAAACUGCCUCUACUGAUGUCGUCACAGUCAGUGGCCUCUUAGAGGCACUGGUGUUUAAAUAUGGCGGGACUGAGGAGCCAAUGACAGCUGUUAGGAAUAACAAUGAUGCACAUCUCUGUGGACUAAGGAUUAUCAGUAUACUAACCACAAGUUUGGAUAGUUUUGUGUUACUUGAUACUCAGUUCAGCUUGAGGGAGACCAUUGCCUCAUUUCAACAUGCCUGCCGUUUAGAGAACAAUGAGUAUAUCAUUGAUGCUUGUUCAGUGGAGAGGAACAGACUGCUCGUGUCCUCCUCCUGCAUUGGAGGACCUAAGGAAAGACUCCUCCCACCUCAUACACUGACUACAAUCAGUGAUGUCUAUGAGUAUCCAUUUUACGUCCGUCUUAAAGAGAAGGUUCCGGAUUGUUACACACUGAAAGUGUCAUAUUCUCAUCAUAAACUAGCACUGAACAUUAAGCCUUCAGCUACAAUAAAUGACUUAAAAUCUUGUUAUAUGAAACAUUUGAAACAACACACUACCUUAUCCACCAAAGAUGUAAGUACAUUGUUAGUACAGUCUCUGGCUUCUCUUGAUCAAACACUACCUCAAGUCGCUGAGGAGAAAGCAUCAGGAGUUGUGUCUCCUUCAUCAGGGCAAGAUGUUGUGCUUAAUUUAAUGUUAAAUUAUUCAAAGCACAUUGGCCUGUCUAACAUUUCAAAAGACUCCCUCUGGCAAAUUUUACAAAAAUUCAAUUCUUUCACUACUACUCCUUCUCAAAACAGUGCAGAUUGGUUUGUUGUCAUUGUCAGUUUGAUAUUAUUACAGUCACAUGAUCAGUCAUGUGACACUGUGAGACAGUUCCUCCGACGAUUCUCUUCAUCCGCCACUUCACUUUAUGUCUGGAGGCAAAGAGAGAAUUUAAAACCACUGCUAAACUUUGAUACCAGCAAGAUCCAUACAUUCAUUCUUCACUAUAUCGAAUUUAUUAUACAAGCAGAGCUACCACUAGUUUAUUCUGCAUUUCGUCUUUCAGGAUAUACUCCAUCACAAGUGUGUCAAGACUGGCUGGGUCAGUGUUUUUUAAAUUACUUGGAUUGGCCUGAGAUAUGUCUCUACCUUAUAAACUGCAUAUUACUAGGAGCAGAUUAUCAGGUAUAUUUCUGUGUUGCUAUUUUUAAGCAUUUGGAGGCUAGCAUAUUAAAAUCAUGUCAGGAACACACACUACUAAUAUUUUUAAAGGAGGAGCCAUUAAGAGGAUUUACAACCAAACAAUCUCUUUCCUUCAUGAGUCAAUUGGAACUAAAGUACAGAUCAAACAUGCUCAAAGACUUGCAAACUGUUCAACCAUAAAAUCACUUGCCCUAAUAUAGUAUCAUAUGAUGAGCUUCUCACUGUCACUUAUAAUUUUAUUAUAAUGAAUAUACUGUAAUAUUGCAUCUCAUGUCAUUUUGCUCUAACUCCUCCUCUUCCUUAGCCUUGUUACUAUAAAAAUAAGUGUUUUAGCUCAGUUUUAUUCA